GCAGUUUUGGUUGCGCGUUUGCUGCGAGCAGUUGCACUUGCACUUGCAAUUCUAUUGCCGCGCCCCCUCCCCUUUUUUUCUGUGUCGCCCCCUUUGUUUUGUUUUGCCUCUUUUCGUUCGCGCCCCCCGCCAUCUGCACCGUCUGCAGAGCAGCGCUCCUGGAAUAACUGCAUGUGCGAUUCACCGUUCUAGUUGGCGGCGUGCGUGCGUGUGCGAGCGAGCGAGACAGACAGAGGCAUGUGCUGGGUCGCAAUGGCGCGCAAGGACGAUCCCGUUUUCAAUGUGCGGUUCGUGCAGUUCGUGGAGAAUCAGCCGUGCCUGUGGAACUACACGCAUCCGGGCUACAGCAAGAAGGAGGAUGUGCAGAGGGCGUGGCAGCAGGUUGCCAACGAUAUCAAGGACACGGUUCGCAACUGUCGCGAGCGAUGGCGCACCAUAAGGAGCAGCUUCCUGCGAUCCCUGAAGCUGGCACGCACACAAACGGGACGCGGCAAGCGCAAAUACUACCUAUCGAAGUAUCUUCAGUUUCUCGUUCCGUUCACCAAGUCGCGAUCCUGCCACAAGCAGCUGCCGGGCAUGGUGCUCCGCAAACCCGGCCAAGCUGCCACUGCUCAGCAGGAAGAUGAGGUGGUGGCGGCGGAGGAGGAGGCCAAGGUGAGCGAUGGUGAGAUGCCGCUGGACGUUCAGGUGUCCGAGGAGGAGCAUCGUCGUAAUCAGGAACAGGAUCGGGAGCAACCCACCGCCUGUUUGCCGCUCCGCCUGCAUUCCAUCAAAGUGGAGCACGAUUCGUCAAAUGCGAACCAGCAGCUGGAGCGGAUGGUGAGCCAGCAGUCGCUGGUCUCGGUGCCCGCCGCCGCGCUGGGCAAUCACCUGGGCUGGUCGGAUCUGACGCAGUGGUUCAAGGGACAUGGCAGCGGUCAUCACAAGUUAACCACAACAACAACAACACCAACAUCACCACCACCGCCGCCGCAGCCGGCUACGUCAGCUCUAAGUGUUUUCACUGGCGGACCAGGAGGAGGUGGCUCACAACCGGAUGCCGACUACUCCUUUCUGAUCAGCCUGCAUCCGUACAUCAAGGAGAUGAACGGCAAGCAGAAUCGAAAGUUUCGACAGAAGGUCGUCGGACUCAUCGACGAUAUUCUGGAUAACAAGGAUGUCUAAUUUGUACACGGAAAAAAAACCGAAGAUGCUUACGUUUCAGCGAUGAAAAUUACGAUUUGUAAACGGCUCUAUCAAAAUUACCACACACAAGAGAUGCAUAUUUUGAAUGAUUGUGCGGAAAUAUUCUACAUACCAAAUGCAACAUUAUUUCAAAACCAACAUUUUCACCACUUUCAGAUUUCAUUCUGGCCAUCAUAUUGCUAACUUUUAGACAAUGAACUUAGUUUUUAAAUAUUUAUGUCUAAGUUAAGUGUGAACGUACAUGAAAUUUAUAUCGAAGUUUAUAUGCACUGCAUCGAAAUUUGUAAAGCGCCCAGUGGAACAGGAUGAAAUCACCAGUUAUGUGAUAUUUUCUCUCCGUGAAGAAAAAAAGCCACAAGAAUCGAAGAAAACACACCCAGUUGAUAGAAAACGCCAACAGUGCCCAUUUAUUAGAUGUGUAGAGCGUACUUUAAUUACGCUUUUUAUUGUUGUUGUUAAGCACACACACAAACACGAAUUUGUUAUUGUCGAAUAAAACAUUUAAACUACG